AAUUAUUCCGGUAAUCCGGUCUUAUUAUCAGUGGGCUAAGGGAAGAAACGUGGGAUCCUAAUUCCUAAAGUACAAACACUCCGAAAUAUAUUAACUACUUUCAAAUUUCAAAAUUUUCAGUUCAUUGAACGGCAUGUCAUCUGGACUUAAAACUGUCGACUUCGAGGUGUUUGGUCGAGUACAGAAAGUUUUCUUUCGCAAAUGCACCCAAGAACAUUGUAAAAAAUUGGGCUUACGAGGUUGGUGUCAAAAUACGCCGGAAGGUACGGUAAUUGGCACAAUACAAGGACCGUCUGACAAAGUCGCCGAAAUGACUACGUGGUUGCGAAAAGUUGGAAGUCCAGCCAGCCGCAUCGAUAAGUUAGAAUUGAAGAACGAGAACAGCAUUAAUGAUUACACAUACUCGGAUUUCGAUGUUAUAAGAAAAAAAUAAUAUGAUGUACUGUAUUGUUUUUCAAAUAAUAACUUGCAUAUUUCAGUGUUUGACAAUAUCAUAGGAUAAAAAGAUAUAAAUGUUGAGUUUUGUUUAUAUUAGAAAACAAUGUCCUUAUGACAUACACCACUUACGAAGUUAUGCCAGGCUAUUACAUUCGUUGAAUGUUUUUACAGUCUCAAAAAUCCUAUCUAUAUAGAGUAUAGAUGUCAUUUUUUUUUUUUAUAAUUAUGUUAUAGUAAACUAACAAAUAUUUAUAAUUAAAACAAAUUUUUAGUGAUA